AAGAAGCUUUGGGUCCUAGUUUUGAAAGCACGAUACUUCUUCAACAAAGAUCCCCCAACUGAUACUAUUAAGACCCAAGGUACAUGGGUCUAGAAAAGCAUUUUACAAGGCUUGCAACUUGUCAAACAACGUCAUAUCUGGACUGUCGCUACAGGUACGCACAUUCAGAUACUCUUUGCGAAGGAGGUCUAGUUGAUGAAGCUUUGGUUCUCUUCUCCGAAAUGCAUUGUGAUUCAAAUACGGUACCUAAUGUCAUUGUUUACACUUCUUUGGUCAAUGGAUUUUGCAAUUCAGGCCGGUUGAAUGAGGCAAAGAGAGUCUUUGACGAGAUGGUUAGUAGAGGAAUCUUUGCCAAUGUGACGACUUAUACUACUUUGAUUCAUGGUCAUUGUCUAAGUUUCUAGGAUUUUGUCAUUUUUUGCUUCCUUACUGUAAUUGAAUACUAAUGUCAGAACUUUACGAAAUUCUGGACAGAACCUCUGUUAGUUUUAAAG